AUGGCAUGUGCGAAGAGAAGACGCGGCGCGCGGAACAACCCUCUGCGCUCUCACCCAACCCACCCACAUUCCACUCCAUUCCGCUAUAAGCAACACAACAAUGGCCGCCCCAACGUCCGUCACCGCUCCAGCAACGGCCCUCGAGCCAUACAAGCUCCACACGGACGCCGACUUCCCACCGCUGAAGAAUGAUCUUAUCUUGCGGGUUAUCCGUGGCGAGGACGUCGAGCGGGUGCCGGUGUGGAUCAUGCGGCAAGCUGGCCGCUACCUGCCAGAGUUCCGCGAAGAGCGAGCGAAACAUGAUUUCUUCACCGUCUGCCGCACGCCCGCCCUCGCGUGCCUCGUCACCCUGCAGCCCAUCGACCGGUACGCCGGGCUGCUGGACGCCAGCAUCAUCUUCAGCGACAUCCUCGUCAUCCCGCAGGCGCUCGGGCUCGAGGUCCAGAUGCUCCCCGGCAAAGGGCCGCAUUUCCCCGAGCCGCUGGUCGACCCGUCCCAUCUCGGCCGAUUGAAGACGGAUGUGGAUGUCGAGCGGGAGCUGCGAUAUGUUAUGGAGGCGAUCACGUUGACGAGGAAGGGGUUGGAGGGGCGGUGUCCGUUGUUUGGGUUCGUGGGCGCGCCGUGGACGUUGAUGGCGUAUAUGAUUGAGGGUGGGGGGAGUAAGAACUUGAGUAAGGCGAAGACGUGGUUGGGACGGUGGCCGGAGGAGAGUAAGGAGCUGCUGCAGAGGGUGACGGAUGUGGUUGUGGAUCAUCUGGUUGCGCAGGCUAAGGCGGGUGCUCAGCUCCUCCAAGUCUUCGAAUCCUGGGCCGGCGAACUCUCCCCGGACUAUUUCGCAACCUUCGCGCUCCCCUACCUCCGCCAAAUCCCCACCCGCGUCCGCGCCGCCCUGCACACCCUCUCCCCGACCCUCUCCCAAAUCCCCAUCGUGGUCUUCGCCCGCGGCGCCCACUAUGCCCUCGAAUCCCUCUCCGCCCCGGGGAUCCACUACGACGUCAUCUCGCUGGACUGGACCAUGGACCCCGUCGCUGCACGGAACCGGGUCGGGGAGACCAUCACGCUGCAGGGGAACGCGGACCCGUGUCUGCUGUACGCGCCCAAGGAGACGAUCAAGAAGGAGACGAGGCUGAUGCUGGAGAAGUUUGGGACGAGGAGGCGGUAUAUUGCGAAUCUGGGACACGGGAUGUUGCCGGAUCAUGACCCCGAGCAUUUGAGGGCUUAUUUGGAGGCUAUCCGCGACGUGUCUUCCGAACUCAAUGCGUGAGGCCCCCAUGCCUCGCUUCCCAACACGUAGGAUUCUAAAUAGUCUCCCCAUGUACAAGAGUAUUCGAAAAACCCAACGUGGAUAGAUCGUAGUUAGUGCCCCCUCUAUCUUAUGCAUGGU